AUGUCAAUCAAUCCUACAAUUGAUAUCGCUGAAAUUUCUAGUAGAAAAUCAGCCUUAAACGCAACAACAGCUUAUGAUGCUUCACAUAUCAAUUUGAACCAAGUUUACAAGCUUGAAGACAGCUUAAUGUAUUCAGAUGAUUGUCAUGAAAUCUGUGUAGCCUUAAAUAGGCAUCUUAUUGACUUGUAUAAAAACGAAGGGCUGCAGUAUUCUUUAAUUCCUUUUGGCUCUAUAAAACUCAAAAAGACAGGUCCAAUUGCAUUUGAAUUUGAAAUAGUCUCAUCAGCUAUUCCUGUCAAGGAUGAUUUAAUAACUUAUCAGGAAUUUAUAAAUAAUUCCUUAAGCUUAUACCUAUUUAAUCUUGUCAAAGUAUCGAGGAAACCUCUUGUAAAGAAUUUCAAAAUAGGACAAGAUGUGCAGUUUGUAGAUUCAGGAAGAACUUUUAAAGCCAAAAAAGUAAGCAAAAAAUAUAUGACCAUGAUAGUAGCUACUAUGGUGGAUAAUACGAUGGUUUUUAUAAAACCAAUAAUAAAUCGAUAUACUGUUGUAAAGAAUUAUUCUUUAUAAAUUUAAAACCAAUCCCUAAUUUUCAUAAAAAUCUUUCUUGCUUAUCGACUAUUUGACUAUUAAUUUUGAUAAUAAAUCAUAUAAGGUAGAUGGGCUUCCUUAUGAAUGCUUUAUUUUCUGCCACCUACAGCAUCCACAUAUUAUAAAAUGCUAUGGGUAUACUAAGUAUAAAAGCCACAAAUGUUUGGUCUUUCAGCAUAUUUCUACAGUUCUAGACUCUUAUAUAAGAAAUAAUAAUUUGAGUAUCCAAAAAUGCCUUAGUCUUAUCAUUGAAAUUGGUCAAGGACUUUUUUUUAUGCAUAUAAAACAUGUAGCAGCUAUGAAUAUUUCCCCGUGAAGCAUUUUUAUAAAUUCAAACUAUAAGCCGAUUAUUGCAGAUUUAGAAAAUGCAGUUUGCUUAGACUUAAUGCCUAAUCAGGUUUUAUGCUAUAAAGAAGAAGAUUAUGCUGCGCCUGAAGCACUAGAAGGGAUAAUAGAUUAUAAAUGCGAUGUUUAUUCUUAUGGGCUUGUGAGUUUUUUUAUUCUGACAAAGCAGAAUUAUAUGGAAACUCAUAAUUUGGAAAAUUUGCCGGAAAAUAUAAGAAUGGUAAUUGAAAUGAUGCUGAGUGAAGAUCCAAAUGAAAGGCCGAGUAUCAAAACUUGUUGUCAAGAAUUUGAAAAUAUUUAUAAACAGAUAAAUAACUAA